AUGCAGACUGCUUUUACAAACAUUUAUGAAAGAAUGGGUCGCUCUAAGGAGCUUAGUGAAUUCAAGCAUGAUAAAGUAAUAGAUUGCCACCUGUGCAAUAAGUCCAUCCAUAAAAUCUCCUUGCUACUAAAUAUUUCACGGUCAACUGUUAGUGGUAUUAUAACAAAGUGGAAGCAACUGGGAACAACAGCAACUAAAUCACGAAGUGUUAGGCCACGUAAAAUGACAGAGAGGGGUCAGCGCAUGCUGAAGCGCACAGUGCGUAGUCAAUAGUUAAAAACCUCCAAACUUUGUUUCCAGUGAAGGGAACUCUUAAGGCGUCAGCAUACCAAGACAUUUUGGACAAUUUCA